GUUGUAUUGUAUUCCGCCGUCUGUUGACCAUCCUGAGCUUUUUUUUUUUUUUUUUUUUUUAAUGUGUACUUCCGCGUGCAAUGUUUUUUUCCCACUGACACACGGCAACUUUCGAACAGGAAACCUAUUAGACGCGUCGACUGUCUCUUUCUCUGCAUUCACCAGGCGAGUUUGGGGCUCAGUGCUCUAACCCAGCCAUGAGCAUCAUCGGGGCUGAGGAUGAGGAUUUCGAGAAUGAUCUGAAUGAUGUGACGGACGACCAGUGCACACACUUCAACAACAUCGAACUGUUGAAGGUCCGGCCAACCCACCUGCUGGUCUUCAUGCAACAUGUCAUCCUACAGUUUGAACCUGCCCCCCUGCUGUGUUACCUCCAUGCUGACCUCUUCAGAAACCUCAGUGCCAAAGAGACCAAGAAGCAGUUUAUGGAGUUCUACAGCACGUUUAUGGACAAAGGGGCGAUUCUCAGAGUGGCACUACCAUCACAUGUAGCUCAUGAAUUGGAACGGACCCGUGCAGACCUGCUCCACGAGGACAUCCAGAGGCGUUUCGUUCAGGAGGUUCAGAUCUUGCAGACCGCUGAAGUGGCCAAACAGCUGGAAGAUUUCAGGCAGAAGAGGAUGAUGGGUAUGACGCCAAGCGAGAGUGAACUCAUCGACGUGGAGAGCCACAACGCCACCAACCGCAUCCCCAGAGAGAUGAAGGAGAGGUCUGUGGCUGAGACCCUGCUGGACAAGAUAUUCGAGGGGCAAUCUCCAAUUGCAUUGGACGAAGAAAAGUGCCAAUCCGUCUUCUCGGUGGUGGCCUACUACAUGAAGCACCUCGGGGUGAAAACCAGAGCAGUGGACAGCAAGAAGUCCAGAGUAGGCUUCUUCAGGAGUAAACUGGCAAAGAAUAAGAGGGAUGAAUCCACAAAGGCUAAACCCAGAGUGUUUCCCGGCAUCCCCAGCUGGAUUGCAGGCAACACUGAAGUCAAACCUAAAAUGGAGGCUGAAGCUGAAAAGGAGAAGGUGAAUCCGGAGCGUAAGGGUCUGGUUACCGGCAGAGGGUCCAUGAAUGACUCUGCAAUCCCUUCAUUCCCCAGCAGGAAGUUUUGCUCCCCUGGAAGCCCCUCCUCCCUGCCUGGGUUGGAGGUCAGUGAUGGGUCAGGCAACAACGUCAGCAUCAUCAACAACCCCGAGUCUUCACACGGGGACAGUCUCUCAAGCAAUCGCUUAGAGCCCCCAAGCCAGUCAGACGGGGACGUGUCCCCUGUCGGGCCGGGGGCAGGGCUGAUAGUCGGGGAGCCCCUCUCCCCCAUGGACACUUCCACAGAGGACAAUUUGGAGAAAGAAAGUAGGAAAGUGGCUCGUAGCGAGAGUGCCCGUGUGGACCGGCACUCCUCUCGGCGUCGCGGCUCUUCCCGGGCCAAACAGUCCCGCUCCCGUAGUGAUGUGGACCUGCAGCCGCCUUCUGCCAUGACAACAACACCUGUCCCGCUCUCCCCCCGCCACCUCCAUCCUUUCGAUAGCCCAUUUCUACCCCCUGAAGGGCCCGGCCACUCCCCCACCAGCCCCUCCCCACAGCUGGAGGAGAUGGAUCCGCGCCUCCUGGAGUUUGAGCAGGACCCCCCCAACUGGAGGGAGCUGGUUCCUCCUGAAGCUAUGGCCAGCCUCAGCAAGAAGGAGACCAAACGGCAGGAGGUCAUCAAUGAGUUGUUUGCAACUGAGCACGCCCAUGUGAGGAUGCUGAGCGUCCUCCAGAUGAUCUUCUCCAAGCCUCUGGAGAGAGAGGAGCUCCUGACCGCCACUGAGAUGUCGGCCAUCUUCCCCAAUCUGGAUGAGAUCAUUGAGAUGCACUAUAACUUCCUGGAGAGCCUGACUAAACUGCGAUGUCCGGAAGAUAACUUCAUCGUCAAAUCCAUCAGCACCACCGUGUUCAACAGAUUCGGAGGCACAGAGGGGGAAUGGUUCCAGAAAUUGACAGCCCGCUUCUGCAGUCACCAGUCAUGGGCCUUGGACCAGAUCAAGAGCAGACAGAAGAAAGAGCCACGCUUCAACUCUUUCAUACUGGAGGCUGAGAGUAAGCCCCAGUGCCGCAGGCUGCAGCUGAAGGACAUUAUUCCCAUAGAGAUGCAGAGACUGACCAAAUACCCGCUGCUGCUGGAGAAUAUUGCCAAGAACACAGAGGACCUGACGGAGAAGGAGAGGAUCCAGCAGAGCGCAGAGUGCUGCAGAAAGAUCCUCAACCAUGUCAACGAGGAGGUCAAAAACAUGGAGAACCUAUUGACUUUGAAGGACUACCAGCGCAGACUGGACACAUCAGGGCUCAAACCCAGUAAUGAUCUUUAUACAGAAUAUAAGUACAUGGACCUGACUCAGAAGAAGAUGCUUUAUGAAGGCUCGGUGACCUGGAGACUCACAAAGGAGAAGGCAAUUGAGGUGCAGUGUGUGCUGCUCGGGGAUCUGCUGGUGCUCCUCCAGCGGCAGGACGACAAGAUGGUCCUCAAAUGCCAGAGCAAGAGCAACAUCGCCGUGCAGGAGGGCAAGCAGAUGCUGAGCCCCAUCAUCAAGCUGGACUCGGUCUUCCUGCGUGAGGUGGCCACAGAUCGGAAGGCCUUCUAUGUGAUCUUUACCUGGGAAAGCGGAGCUCAGAUCUAUGAGCUGGUGGCUCAGUCUAUAGGAGAGAGGAAAAUAUGGACUGAUGUGAUAAAAAACGCAGUGGAUGAUCUGAAGAAGACUGGAGCGCCCAUGAGGUUGUCGCUGCCUCCUGGGGGUGGAGGAUUGCCCUUCAUUCCUUCCCCGCUGCCUGUCCUUCUGAGCCCCACUGAGAAUGGAGGUUUGAAAAGCAGCAGUGAUCGAGAUAAGGACAGCUUGACGAAUGACAAGUCUGCAGACCCGAGGCACAGGCUGAUUGAUUUCCUGUCAGACAAAGGCUUCGACUUGAUAGGCCACUCCAACAGCGAUCAGGAGAAGAUGGCCAACAGUGCUUUGGAUGAAGUCAUGUCGCUGAAAAGGCUGCUGGUCGGCAGCAUCAGCCUUUCAGAAGACUCGCAGCUCGAUGAGGAAAACGGAGAGGAGCAAUCGGAGAGGCCCAGUCAGGAAGCGGAUAGUCAGUCCACAGAUGAAAGCCAGCCCACUGACAGGGGAGCGGACGAGGCGAACGAUCACUCUUGUGAAAAAGAAGGAGCCGGGACGAAGGGCGAGGAGGAGAGGAGCAUCACUGCGCCCCUGGUGCUGUCCCAGGAGAGGAUGGAGGAGGUGUGCAGGAGGCUCCACAGUCUGGAGGAUCACCUAAAGAGACUACAGACUGUAGAAGAGGAGCACCACCGGCUGCAGGAGGCCCUUUCCAAGUUCUCACUGGAGGGGGGGAACUUCCAGUGAGAGACCACCACGCCACCUGCUGGCAACUAGAUUUUUACUGGUGCUGGUUUGGAGUGUAAGAGUGACUUUCAGAGGCUUCCCUGGAAAUUCCUAAACCCUCGUAGGCCACGCUUGGGCCGUGCUGCGUCAGGGGGCUUUAUGCACGGUGCAGGGGCUCACUGAUGAAACAUGGGAGGGAGUGUGCAUGUGUAUGUGUGUCUGUUUGCAUGCAUGCUUGGUAGAGAGGUAAACAAAGAAAAAAAAAAAAGACAAAUGGGACAUCCUACUUUGAGGUUGUUUUUGCAGAGAGGUGCCAAAAAAAAAUGAAGCAAUAUUGUGCUAUGAGAGAAAUGCUGCCUAACAAACUGUAGUGAUUGCGAUCUGCUGUAACACACAUACGCACACCAGAGACAUGUACGCUAGAACAUAAUUUACUUUAUUGCCAAUAGCAGAUGUGCAGCAAAGGAUAUUCCUAUGAUUGCCCGCCUGGUUAUCUAUGACCAGGUGGGAGCCUUAAGGGGCCAAUGUAGCGUUUGAGAUGUAUUGAAAUACUACUGCUGAUAUAUAGUGUUAUUUCUAGUCUAUGCCAAAGUACCACAGAGAUGCACUUUUUUUAUAAUCAAACCAAGUUAAGGCCACACUGUUCUUGCGCAUUGUAUUUACUCUAUUCAGUACAGACUGGGCUUCGUGUAGGCAGCCCCUUAUUAUUGAAAAUAUUGCAUGCAGGAAAGUGUGUGUAUGUGUGUUACAAAGUUUUUUUUAAUCAAGGAUGUGCUUGUUUUGAGGUUUCUUACUGCCACUAGGUCACGUAGAAACAUUUAUAAAUAGUGGCACUAUAGGUAAUCAUGCUGUUGAUAAUGGAGACUUGUUUGUAUUUACCGCUUUUAUUUAUUCCUCUGGGGUCUGUUGGGUCAGCGAGUUGUAACAGCACUGGGCCGAAAACAAAAAAAAGGAUGGAGAGAUGUUGCAAAACGAAGAAGGAAAACGUAGAAUGUAUCGGAUUAAAGUAGAGGAGAUGUAGGACUGAGGUUGCUUUGGUUUAUUUGAGUCCAGCAUGACGGUCAUGAGAACAUGUGUAGAAAGUAUGAGAUUAGGAUUUGUGCUCACUUCCCUUAAAAUGUACACACACACACACACACACACCAACACACCAACACUGAAGGCCCAGUGCUACAGAAGUCGUUCGGUGUCAGCAUCGCUUGUGCAGAUUUCCCCCACAUAGAUGUACAGCUCCUGACCCAAAACACAGACCUACCGCGGGGUUAUAAAUUGUAUUAUACGACGUUAGAUUCACAUGUUAUUAGCAAGAGAUUCUAUCUUUCCUGUUAGCAAUAUUUGUAUUGAACCUGAACAGUCUUUUGUAUUUUAUUCAGCGGUUGAUUGUAAUUAUUAUCAUGAUGAUAUAUUUUCUGAGUAGUGGCUUAACUGUGGGCCGUGCGCACAGGACCAAAGACAUAAAACAAAGCAACGUUAGAUCCUCAUACCAGCUGUUACUCUCUCUAUGACCUGCUUCAUUAUGCAGCAGUACAUCACUUAAUGCUAACGCAGGAGUGAUCGCUGUGUUGUGAAGAGAUUUCAAAAGAUAAUAGAAGAAUGGAGCAUUAGUUGUCAAUAAAUAAUAGCUGGGUUUCGAUUAUUUAAUAACAGAACAAGUAGAUGCUGAGAUGUUAGACUGUGCUAGCAUUAUGACCAGAAAAGACUCUGUGGCUUUUAUUUUAUUACACUUUGGUCAGCAAAAAAACAUGAAAUACAUUAUUAUCAACUGGUUAUUGAACACUUGGGACCAGCAGCAAAGAAAAAAGGACAAUACAACAAGACAGUGAAGCCAGAUGAGGACACAAAGGAAGGUUUGCAGGAAGGAAAACAGCCGCUCUCACCAGCUCUGUGUUCACCAUCACUUCCUGAUAUGUUGCCACGACUACAAACCCUUUGACCCCGCUUAACAACAAUGCAAACCCGUAGGGGCCAUUAGUCACUCUAGUGUCACAAGAUGCUGAAUUAUACACAUUUGUGUUCUCUCCCCAUGUGUUCUUGUAAAAUGUACAUAGACGUUAGCUUGAAGGAAGAAUUGAAAGCAUAAACUAGCCCCCUUCGUAUUGUUUAAUAAGCUUAUUAGCUACAUACACACCCUCACUUGUGAUAGCAUGAUCACGUGUUUUUCCCUACCUACCGCACAGUUUUAACAUAUGUUGUUGUGUCUUUCACUUGAUUUACUUAAACGGGUCGGGGAGGUUUUGUUACUGUUUUUCAAACAAGCUUUUUGUAAUAAAUGACUGCAUUUGGCCUGUAACGGUGAGAGAGACAGGACUUGUCUGUAACUUGUCUGAAUGAAUUUAAAGAUUAUGCAAAUUAUUGUAACCAUGACAUAUUGUUCCUGGUGUGCACGUUAAAGUGUGAACCCGCUCUGUACUGUGGCUACUAAAGCUCGCCAAUGGGAUACAUUAAUACAGAUCAUCUCAAGCAGGGAUGUUUUACUAUCAGUCUGCAGUUACAGGCACUUCUCGCUCUCUCAGAUGCUUUCCCUCAUGCAUUCUAUAUACAAAUGCCUAGAUGUAUAGACAGAUGUAUUUAUAGAGUGGUGCCUUGUUCCGAUGAUCAUGUUGUCUUUGAACACAAUCCCCGUUGCUCGGUUUGCACCGUCUCGACUGCGAGAGACGAUGUCAGAACGACCAUUAACGAUUGAUAAUCCCAUGAUUCUGUUUGUGUCCGCCUCCAUCACAGCAAUAGGUUCUGAGCUCAGCCAGGGCCCUGUAUAGAGAAGCUCCUUGUCAUACGGGCGCCUGCCAUCAUGUCUAUCUAUAAACAAUGAUUAUGCAAGAACUAUACUGUGUAUUUGGGUUUUGAUUUUUUUAUUAUUAUUAUUGUGUAAGAGGCUCUUUAAUGAUGUAUACUUCAAGAAAUUUGUGGUACGUGCUGUUUUUUAAUUCUUCACUUUUUUAAUAAAUUGGGGAAAUAAA